AGCAGCGAUCGGACUUUCUGCUCAAUAUGUACCAGGGGCAUUUGCAGGGGAAAGACUCUAGGGCCGCAGAUAAGGCUGUUGCCAUGAUGCUGAAGGAGAUGCCAAGUAAAGCGUCUUCAGAAGGAAACCCACUCCUCACCGUGACAACCAAGCUGGUGAGCGAGCAACAAGAAAGUCGCCCCCUACUGAGCCCCUCCAUCGAUGACUUCCUCUCAGAGACCAAGUGCGAUGCAGCUGCUCGCCCAGUGACCUCCAACACAGCAGUUCUGUCCACAGCCCUAGACCUGGUGGACCUCAGCGAGCCCAUCGAGAGGAGGAAAAGCAAGGAGAAGAAGAGCCCGCUGUUGUCACGCAGUGAUAGCCUGAGGGGCACCCCCAACAGGAGGAAGCCGGAUGAGACAGAGCUGAUCCAGGUGGACAUUGAGCAGACCAGCUGUCGGAACCCAGAGAGAGUGUCACUGGACUCAGUUAAUAUCUCGUCCUCCUUGGAGAAAUGGGAAGAGGUGAACCUUCACCCUGAGAGGAACGGCAGCAGGAAGUGGAAGCCGGAAAGAAAGUGCUCCUCCAAGCAUUCCUCUAGCGAAUUCCUCUGGUCUACAGAGUACACAUCUGACCCAGUCACCAAAAAGUCACUGGAAGUCAAUACACAUGUAGAGGUGGAAGCAGUUCCGGUGUCUCAGGGUCACAUGACUAAAGAUCGAAGGUGGGGGGGCCCCUUCCUGUCCAGAAACCACUCUCUGGAGGAGGAGUUUGAGCGGGCCAAGGCGGCAGUGGAGUCGGACACAGAAUUCUGGGAUAAGAUGCAAGCCGAGUGGGAGGAGCUGGCAAGAAGAAACUGGCUGGAGGAGAUGGAGAGCGAGGGCCAGAUUCUCCCCAACAUCUCGCCACACGAGAAGGGUUACUACUUUCACACGGAGAACCCAUACAAAGACUGGCCCAACGCUUUUGAGGAAGGGCUAAGGAAAUCCCGAGAGGGGGACCUGCCCAACGCUGUCCUGCUGCUGGAAGCGGCCAUCCUGCAGGACCCACAGGACUCUGAGGCCUGGUUAGUCCUGGGGACCACACAGGCGGAGAAUGAGAAUGAGCAGGCAGCCAUCGUUUCCCUGCAGAGGUGUUUGGAGCUCCACCCCAACAACCUGCAGGCCCUGAUGGCACUUGCAGUGAGUCUGACCAACACAGGCAAGCAGCAGGAGGCCUGUGAGGCCCUACACAGCUGGAUACUGCACAACCCUCGCUACAAGCACCUGACCAAGGGCAAGAUCCACCUGGGCAGCUCACCCACACCCCAGCGCAGAAUGUCCUCAAACUCCACCCAGAGCAGCUCCCUGCUGGCGGAAGUGAAGGAGCUCUUCCUGGAGGCGGUCCAGCAGAACCCGGAAGUAAUCGACCCAGACCUACAGACGGGCCUGGGAGUGCUCUUCAACCUCAGCUCCGAGUUCAACAAGGCCGUGGAAGCCUUUAAUGCAGCUCUGUCUGUGCGACCAGAGGACUACUUGCUGUGGAACCGCCUGGGCGCCACGCUGGCGAACGGGGACCGCAGCGAGGAGGCGGUGGAGGCCUACACCAAGGCCCUGGAGCUGCAGCCCGGCUUCAUCAGGUCCCGCUACAACCUGGGCAUCAGUUGCAUAAACCUGGGAGCUCACAGGGAGGCUGCCAGCAACUUCCUGACCGCGCUGAACCAGCAGAGGAAGAACCGGAGCCACCAGGUCAUGUCCAGCAACAUCUGGGCGGCCCUGAGGAUCGCCCUCUCCAUGAUGGACCAGCCCGAGCUCUUCCAAGCCGCCAAUAUUGGGGACCUGGACCUACUCAUGAGGGCCUUCAACGUGGACAUGUGAGCUGGGGACCUUUCAAUAUAGAACAAGCCAAGAUUCCAAAGCUGUGUACAUAUUCCAAGAAAUGUAA